AUGUAUGGCAUUACUGCAUUGGGCAACUCACCCUACGCAGUGUAUCUUAGUGACAUGGAGUCGGUAUGGUUCACUAGUCCCACCAAAAAGGAGGUCUGCGAUAAAGCUAGUGCUCAGGGGAUUUCUGACUUUGACGAGAGCAAGUUAGCCUUUUUCGUGGGGGAACUAGUCAAGAUGUUUGGAGCACAAUCUCCGUCCCUAAAGUUCUUCAGACAAUCUAAUGUGCUUUUCACAAUUGAUACACAAGUGGCUCAAAAUAUUCCAUGGGAUUUCGAGUUGAGGCUAGCUGACUCGUCCGAGACAGCUUCAUUUUUCCGCAACGUCUGCGUCUCAACGUUUGCAAAUCACAACUUCCUACUAUAUAAGAUUUCGCAGCUAGAGCAUCUAAUUAAGGCUCGCGACAAGUACAUUGUCUAUUUGGAGGAAAAUUACAAGACAAUCAAUGGCAUGGAGCUCAUGGAGAAGUAUAAACGGCAGCAUGUUGAAGACGCCCGGCUCUUGGUCAAUUACGACAAAGACUCUACGAACCUGAGAAUACGAAGUCUGUAUCGAAACUAUCUCAAAAGGCAGACAGACUGGAAUCCCGAGAACCGUCUUUGGGACAACUUAAAAGUGGCUUUGAAGGAUAAAUCCACUUGGAGAGCAAACAUGAAUGAGAGUCCUGAUCUGCCUGUUAACACUAAGUUUGAUGAAAAGUCUCCAUAUCAAACCCAGAGUCAAACGCAAACUCAAGACUCCAAAAUCAGGCUGGGUGAAAUUCCUCGACUUGACUCCCAAAAACGGAGCGAACUCAGCAGUUCUCCAGUGCGUUCUCAGCCCAGCAGUUCUCCAACUAAAAGAAGACGAGUUGGCUCGGGUAGACGAUAA